AUGUUCUGGUCCAAAGAACAAGACUUCAACCCCAAAGACAUGCCCUCUCUCGAAGGAAAAGUCAUCCUCGUCACCGGCGCCACCGCAGGUCUAGGCAGAGAAUCCGUCCUCCAAUUCGCCCACCACAAUCCCUCGCGCAUUUAUCUCUGCGGUCGAAACCUAGAAAAAGCACAACUCGCAGCACAAGAUAUCCAGCGCACUGUCCCAUCGGCCUCCAUCAGACUCCUCCAUCUUGAUCUCUGCUCAUUCGCUUCUAUCAAAAAAGCAGCGCGAAUCGUGCUCUCGGAAUGUGAAAGGCUUGAUAUCUUGAUGCUUAAUGCAGGUACCAUGUUUGUUCCUCUUGAUCGUACUGCAGACGGUUAUGAGAUCCAGUUUGGGACGAAUCAUAUGGGUCAUGCGCUGCUUGCGAAAUUACUUAUUCCGUUGCUCGAUAAAACAACACGUUUACCUGAUGCAGACGUGAGAGUUGUCUCUCUCGCAUCUCAUGGACAUGUCUAUCUUAAGAAAGGCGGGAUCAACUAUGACACCCUCAAGACUGAUGGAGAGUCGAUUGGUCUCUAUCAGUGCUACUACCAGAGCAAGCUUGCCAAUAUCCUCUGGGCGCGCCAUCUGGCCAGGAAGUAUCCGCGUUUCACAGUAUCUGCUAUCGAUCCUGGGCUGGUGAACACGGAGUUGUUGGUGAAGGCCACGGGGAUGGUUUGGUAUUUAUAUGCAGUGGUGAGAUGUAUGUUGAUCACGCCUGUUGCAAAGGGCGUCAGGAAUCAGCUUUGGGCGUCGGUUGCGGAUGGUGUCAUUAGUGGAGAGUACUAUGAGCCAGUUGGGAAGCAUGGUUUGGCUAAGGAGGAGGGGCGAGAUGAUGAGUUAGCGCAGCAGCUUUGGGAAUGGACUGAGAAGGAGUUGGCCGCGGUCUUGGACUAA